AUCUGUUCUGUCAACAUGGGUUGCUCAUGUGUGGGUCCUAACCAUGUACUAUUCCUUUUACUUUGCAGAAAGUGCAUAUGGCAUAACUUGUGUGUUUCUUCCUGUUUUGUUUCUGUAAACUGGUUGUUUGUUAUUUACAUCCAUCUACUUGCAGACCCUGUAAAUUCAUCAUUGAAUUUCGAGACGAGCGCUCAAACCAGUUUUUCUGAUGGUGAAGAUGAAAAAAAGAUACCCUACCACCAACAGCAAAGAGGUGGUGUUAGGUCCAAGACAAGCAUCAUAAGGAGUUCUCUGGCCACCGAAGAAAGAAAAGUGACUCCAAAUAAUACUGGCUUUGCUCCACUGGAUUGGACUAACGACAUAGGUAAAUACCUGAUACUUUUAUUAGUAGUGUUAGGAGUACUUGCUGCUUUUGCCCUGAGACCUUUAAUCCUGAAGAAGCAAGACGCACACAAAGUGGAUGAAGUCCAAGUCAUGAAAAAAUUCUAUGAUGGGUUUAGAAAGCUGCAAAUUAAUUUUCCCAGUCAGUCACAGGCACUGUGGAGCAGAAGUCAACGCAUUCUAGAGCUGCACCUCCUUAACAAAGACAACAAGCAACCUGCUAUCAUUUUACUAACCGCUGCUCAGGAUGCAGAACAAACUCUCCAUUGUGUAGGCAACAAGCUAGCCAAGACAUAUGCUUCCUCCCUGAACAGUAACUACACGGUAAUCUCUGGACCAGACAGGAAAUCUGAGGACAGUGAAGACGUCAAGGAAGAAAUCGACGAUAAACUGAGUGAAGGUUUCCAAGGCACAGCCAGAGCAGCAGUGCUGCACCGUUUAGAAUUACUGCCGCCUGGUUCGCUGCUUAUUCUUUACAAAUAUUGUGACCACGAGAAUGCUAAUUUUAAAAACGUGGCACUGGUGCUUACAGUGCUCUUGGACGACUCAACCCUUACAACAGAUAUUCUACUUAGUGAUCUGGAGGAGAAAGUAAGAGAUUUCUUUGGCAAAACAUUCAUUGUCUCAGAUACCAAGAAGUCCCACAAUGAGAUGGAUGUAGAUAAGCUGAGUGGAGUGUGGAGCCGAAUCUCCCAUGUGGUGCUCCCUGUGUUUCCAGAAAAAGACGUUGGGAAGCAGUGUGAGGAAACUGAAACCAAAGUAUGAAGAGAUGUCUCUGGUAUUCUAUAUGAAGAGGCUUCUGAGUAUUUUGCCAGCUUCACUGUCACAUGGUCAUGAAUUUGUAUAGUCAGGUGAUCCUAAAUGAGACCAGCUAUAGAAACAGCUAACCCUGUCUUCAUUAUGUAUUGUCCAUAUGGAGUCCUCUCUAGCCUCUAAAGGCAACAAGCAUAAAAAGACUGACUUGGCCUAACCAGAUCUCCUGAAGUUCAGAUUUCUAAGAACAAGUCAACUGUUAUAUGUCCUGUGAGGAGAAGCUGAGGAGCAAUAGACUAUUUUCUACAUAAAUUACAGUCUUUAAGAUAUUGUAUAUAUCCAUUGUCAGACACCGGUGAGGUCUGAAAACUGCAAGUGUCUCAAGUCAAAUCCCUUCACAUUAACAUGUUUUUCCCAAAGUUUAGCUAUAGGUUGUCUUCUGCUGCGAUGGUGAAAUCACAUUAAUAAGGGAAUAUGAUUAAACUUAACAAUUUGAAAAAUAAAGACCUUUAAAUGGUAUUGUAAUAGAAAUGUAAAUAUUAUGGACAAUUUUGCAGAUAGGCUUUCUAUUAUAAGACAUACAUAAUCUUGCAACAGUAAUACUGCUAUUUAGAACUCGAUACUACGAUGUCUUCUGUGAUUUGCAUAGGAGGCUUUCAAUAGAAGCGCCUGUAGCUCUUCUGACCAUUGGUGAGAGCUUCAUAAAAAGUCAUUUUAAUGUCGAACUACUGGCAAUGCACACAACCUGCAGUUAUCCAGGUUUAUCCACGUACAGAUGGUCAUAGGUACAUAGUGCUGUAGACAGUGAAUGGAGUUCUGAAGCGAUGUAAAACAAACUGUAAUGCAUGCCCCAGUUUGAAGAUCAAACUGCAACAUGUGUACAUUUGAAUUUUCUCGUUCAGAGCUUUUCAGAAGUCUUCUCUAAUAAAAGUUUGAAGGUUCCCUUCUCAUUCUGCACUUAGACUCCUAAGAGAACACGUGGUUAAUGUAGCACAGUGGAAAUCGGCAUUUCUUUUUUGGAGAUAUCAGUGACCUUGGCAUCGCCAAAGGGUAUUCGCAGUGGUGCACUGUUAGCUUGGGUUCACUCCAGUGUGAAGUAGAAACCACCUAUGCCGACCAUUUUCCAUAUGAAAAACCAUUAGGCAACAUUGAGAGCUGUGUCAUGGAAUCAGUCAGCACGCAUCCUGCACUGAUCCAUUUUUUUGCAGCUCCAAUACAAUCCAGCUAAAUGUGUAUGUACCUCUGCAAGUGUAUAUCAUAUCUUUGUUAAAAACAAGAAAGAAGUGUAUUCUGAAACAUAUCCUCCCAAAUAGCAAUAUAAAAGGCAUCUGGUUUGUGCGCCUACCAGCAUUUAUGAGAUACAUCCACUCUUACCAUCCAUUGACUGUGGAAAGUAGAGAUGUCUGUUGGGUGGGUAUCCCGAACUAUGUGAUGGAACACAGGCCCCUGUGGUUUUGGUAGGGUGAGUGUCACAGUACUUUUUGGUUCUGUAUGGACUUUGUCUUAUUUCUUCACCUUUUUAGUCUUAAAAAUAUUUUGAGACUUCAGAGGAGAACCCAUUUCUAGGCCCUAAGUGGCAUUACAACAUGUAGAAGAGAGACUGAAUUUUACCAUGAAUUACGUUCUACACAUAGAAAGUGCUUAGACGUCAAGAUGUCACUUGAGGUUUAACUAUAGCUGCACUUACAUAGCUAUAUCAUCUCAGCUGAGUGUAACUGACAACACAUGUUUUACCCAUACCCAUAAAAAAUUGUUUUUACUUCUAAGGUAAUGUAUAUAUUUUUAAUGCACUGAUUUUGUAUAUAUCUGAUUGGUGUUGCUCUUAUUUGUGAAAGAUUGUGCUUAAAUAAUACACAGAUGACUAAAUAAAGCCUUUGCUUAUUUUAGAAAAUAAAGUAUAUUUUACUAUUUUGUUUUUCUGGAAAUAAAAUGUUUUUCAAAUUUUUCAAUAUAA